CCUAAGAAAAGCAUUUCUCGAUCCGAGUGGUCUCUCUCCACACAAAUCUCUGUUACGUCGCGACGUGCCCACGCUAGGUUACGUUUGUGUGAACGCAGCCAAUCGUGAUCCGCUUUCAGAGACAGUCGGUGUGGCUGUUGGAGGAUCCUGGAGGAACAGUAAAUCCCGGCCCCGGUUUAAUCUCCUCUCUGCGGCGUUUUCUGCCCGGAUUCCCGGACAUGAACAGCGUCGGGGAGGCUUGUACGGAGCUGAAGCGGGAGUACGACCAGUGCUUCAACCGCUGGUUCGCGGAGCACUUCCUGAAGGGGGACCGGAGCGGGGACCCGUGCACCGAGACCUUCCGGAAGUACCAGCGCUGCGUGCAGAAGGCCAUCAAGGAGAAGGACAUCCCGAUCGACGGGGUGGAGUUCAUGGGGCCCAACAAGGACAAACCCGAGAGCUGAUGGAGCGGAGGGACGGGUUCUGGUCCGGUUCUGCUCCGGAACCAUGAGGCCCGCAGCUGCCUGGACCAGCGGGUCCACACACACACACACACACACACGCACGCACGCACACACACGCACACACACACACACACACACACACACACACACACACACACGGACUGGACUGAACUCUGACCUCAGCUGGUUGGACUGCAGUUGACUGAGUCCAGAUCUAUGACUGAGCUGGACCGGGUCACGUUCCGGUCACGUCUCAGACCUGACCUACUUCCGGUUGACUUUCUGCUUUCAAACUGAUGUUUUUGUGCUUCUGCUCAUCAUUUCACCUCCAACUCCAACCGAAGCGCUGAUCGGUUCAGAUCCACGCGUGUUGCCGGUUCUGUGGCUGUUUGCAGGUGAAUCGCUUCAGAUGAAUCUGUUCAGAUGAAUCACUUUUUACCUGAACGUGCAGCGGGAUGACGCUGCGGUCUCCAUGGCGACACGUUUCCAUCCGAGCAACAUUUUUGUCAUAUUCAGAUCUUAUUUGAAGAUUUGUUUUUGUUGUUGCAAAAUAUAUAGUCUAUGAAUAAAGUUCCUCUUUAACCUUUA